UGCAAAAACGGAGGCCCGGAGGUUGGAGCUAGUGAAAUCUUGACAGUAACCCCUCCUUCGUUCUCUCCGCUCGACCUCACCAACUACGCAGACCUUUCCCUCUCUACAGAACAGAAAGAUCAAGGACGGGAGAGAGAAAGCUUCAGCAAAAGGAAACCCCUUUCACAUUCUUGUAGCUCAGAUCCCUUGGUAUCGAGUUUCAGCGAUCCGAAUCCUCAUUUCUCAUUUUUGUGGAAGAUCUAUAGUUGCAGCCAUGAGUGGCGAAACUUUUCUCGGAAUCCAGCCCGCGGAGCUCAAAUUCUCAUUUCAAUGCAACAAGCAGAGCUCCUGUACAAUGCACCUUGCCAACAGGACGGAUCAGUAUGUUGCUUUCAAGGUUAAAACUACCAAUCCAAAGAAAUAUAGUGUGCGCCCAAAUACAGGAAUUGUUCUUCCAGGAUCUACAUGUGAUGUGUUAGUUACAAUGCAAGCUCAAAAGGAGGCUCCUCCUGACAUGCAAUGUAAGGAUAAAUUUCUUGUGCUGAGCGUUAUUGCUGCCAGUGGAGCCACAAUGAAGGAUAUAACAUCUGAAAUGUUUAAUAAAGAACCUAAUAAGGUUGUUGAUGAGCUUAAGCUAAGGGUGGUUUAUGUUCCUGGAAGCCCUCCUUCGCCAGUCCCUGAGGAAACAGAGGAAGGAUCUUCCCCAAGGUCAAUUGAAUUAGAGAACGAAAUUCGGAAUUCAUCAAACCCUACAUCCAGAUCCCAUGAUGAACCUCUCAAAGAAAACUCCUCUGAGGUAUCGGCUAUGAUUUCAAAGUUAACUGAAGAGAAAACUUCUGCAGAUCAGCAAAAUCAGAAGUUUCGGCAUGAUUUGGAAAUGCUUAGGAAGGAGAGCAGCUUACACAAAGGUGGCUUCUCUAUCACAUUUAUUGCCCUGAUAGCUCUCUUCAGCUUCUUCAUUGGGUUGUACACCAAAAAGCAUUACAGUAACAACCCUUAAUCCAAAUUUGUGUUUCUGUCUACUUAAAUUGUGUCAAUAUCUUCCCUCUCAUAUUUCUCAAAGAAAGAUUCAGUUGUAACUCUGUUUCUACAUUAAAAUCUGAGAAAGAUGAUUAUUGAAAUGUUUGAAUUUGUUUUAUGAUGAGUGUGAUAUAAGAACUGAUUGAUUGUUCAUAUUUACAUUCAUUGUAAAAUAAAUUCAAUAAUUUUAAAAUAAAAAUUUAUCAGAAUAUGCCCAAAUUUCCUCCUUUCACUCCUCUUGAUUGCUAGAUGAGAUAUUUGUUUUCUUUCCAGCUUUUUAGUGUGCCUUUUGCUCUCUAUUUUGCAUCUAUCUCUGAAGAAUCAAUGAUGUUCUUCUCUGUCACACUAUAAAUACAUAUUUAUUGUCACUGCUUCUUUGUUAUAAUCAGUAAUCACCUUAGCAUUUUAUUUUUUAUA